CUCAUUAGAGUUCUUCUGAUUUGCUUUCUAGCUGGCUUCAGCACUGGUAAGACUGACUAUUCAAUUAUAGAUGUCUUUACAUUGCUGCAUGUUUCAUAAAGCCCAAUAUUCAGUGAGUGUGGAGAGACCAUGUCCAAUGGAAACAGUCGUUUUCACCUGCACUGCUCCUGGAGAUUCCUUGAGAUGGGUACCAUCAGAUGUUUCUCGCAUCACUAUCCGUCCUACAACCUCUGGUCUCAAUGUACCACUAAUGCCUCAACUAGGUUACACUGUGACACUGAUAGCAUUCAACGACACUACACUAACAUCUACUCUGUCAAGAACAGCAGAGAAUGGGAUUACUGUGUCAUGUGUAGGGUUUGUGGACCCACUGCUUACUCAAACCACAAUAGGAUCUUCAACGAUCCGAUUGGUUGAUCCACCAGGACCACCUUCCACCAUCAGACACUCCAUUCUGAGCAGCUCAGCUAAUGAAGUUAGUGUAUCUGUACAGUGGGACCCUCCUACUGAGACUGGUGAUCGAACUUACACAGUGAUCAUCUCACCUCCGGUCCAGCUCUCUGCUACUGUCCUCACAUCCAUCUCUGUCACUGUGACUGCUCAAUACUAUGUAGACUAUAAUGUCAGUGUUAUGGCUACCAACUGUGCUGGGAACAGUACAACUGCUGAGUACAACUUUAGGAUUGGUAACUGUCCUGUGUUGACCAACCCCAUGAACGGAGCCUUUGGACCAGUCUUCAGCAGAUUUCCAGGAUCCACAGUAACUAUCCAGUGUGACGCUGAGUAUGUGUCUCCUGUUACAAUGGUGACAUGUGAAGAUACACUGAUGUGGAGUCCAGACCCUGAGACUAUUGCGUGUACAUCACUAACCACACCUACUCUCACAACUCCCCCUUCAAUGAAUUGCGCAGCAUCACUAUCCCCACCACAGAAUGGUACCAUCAGUGAUCAUUCAGUACCAGCUAUUCCCGGUACACAAGUGACCUUCCAGUGUGACGAUGGACUGUUCCCCGAGGGCACAAUGACUGCCACCUGUUUAGCUACAGGAGAGUGGGACAGUAAUCCAGAAGAGAUCGUCUGCAGAAAUGAGUCUAUUUAUUGUACCUUGCCUGCCCUUCGACUCAAUGGAGCUUUACUCAACACCAACUCUCAGAACACUGAGGGAUCUGUCAUUACCUUUCAAUGUGAUCCUGGGUUCUCACUGGUGGGUGCAGCGACUGCAUCUUGUAACAACUCUGGUCUCUGGGAUCCUGACCCUGCUCUGUUGAAGUGCAUGUCUACAAGUUUUCAAUCCCCCAUCCUAUUUACCGGAGAGAUUCUUUCUAUCAGUGUGGUUGUCACUGCAGUUGCUUUCAUAGUCAUUGGAUUCCUCACUGGACUCUUAGUGAUGCACCUUUGCUCUCGUAAGAAAGCAGUGUACUUCCCAGCAGCUAAAGGACAAGCUAACAUAAGACCCACUACACCAGUCGGUCCUGUUUAUGAGGAGGUGUCACCCAAAGAGGAGAUUGAACUCAACACUAACCAAGCGUAUGGACCAUUAGGACUGUGAAACUUCGAACACUAUAUAGUGUGUAACAUUCCAACAGGCAUAAUUAUCGGUUAUAACUA